GCUUGAUUUUAGUUGGAAGCAUUUUCUGAAAAAUUUAACUUAAAUUUAAAAAGUUUACAAGAAUUAUAAAUUAAAAUUUAAAAUAUUAUUGAAAAUAUGUUUACUAGAAUAUGGGCAUGUAGAAAUUUGUGUAAAAUAUCAAAACACAUUUUAGUGACGCAACAAUUUGCGGCCUUCUCUAAAUAUUCCAUAAUUCAGACACCACGAUACCUACAUGUAAAAACUUACGAUAAAGAUGCCGGCCUAGAAAAACAAAGGGCUGCAAAUAAAAUUUCCCAUACAGACGAACAGGAAAUUGAAGGUGACGAAUCAGUGUUACCUAAGAUAAGGAGACGGAAACAUAAUAUAAAUAGAGAAGAAACAAAGUUAAAGCCAGAUUCUUUAGAAUCAAAAGAAGUGAAGAAACCAAUUGAAUUGGGAAUUUCACAGGAAAGAGUUGUAGGUGACAAAACUAAAGAAGACCCUGAUGUAUUUGGUAAUGCUCCCAAAGAAGCCAUGGUGGAAGAUGAAGGAGACCUACAAGAAGAAGAAUACAUCAGUCGACCAACACGUAGUUCCAAAAAACUACGAACAAAAGAAUAUGCCAUGAUGAUAAAAGAUCACUUUAAUAAUCAUCGAGUGAAAGAGGCUCUGGAAGUCUUGGAAGUACGCAUGUUGAAAGAAGACCGUGUUAAACCAGAAAACUACAUCUACAAUUUAGUGAUCAGUGGUUGUGCCAAGGCUGGUUAUACCCGUAAUGCAUUUAAUUUAUUUACAAAAAUGCGUCAACGUGGUCUAAAAGUUAAACAAAGUACUUAUACAUCACUUUUUAAUGCCUGCGCUAAUGCGCCGAGUCGUCAAGAUGGUCUAACAAGAGCCAUACGUUUGAGAGAAUCGCUGCUGGAAAGUGGUUAUGAGUUUAAUGUGAAGAAUUAUAAUGCCAUGAUUAAAACAUUUGGACGUUGGGGAGAUGUUAAGACUGCCUAUAUCUUAGCUGAUGAAAUGAGGGAUAAGAAUUUGCAAAUGACUGGAGAAACUUUUAAUUUCCUAUUGCAGGCCUGUGCUAGUGAUGAAAAACAUGGAUUUAGACAUUGCCUAUUAACUUGGCAUAAAAUGUUACAAAAACACAUAGAACCCGAUUAUUAUUCAUUCAAUGCAGUCUUGAGAUGUGUACGUGAUUGUGGUUUUGGUGAUUUAGACGCAAUGGAAAAUGUUUUACAGCAAAUCCUCAGUGAAACACCUGCUAAACAAAUUACAGCUAAAUCAACAAUUACUGAAAUCUCCAACAGUGGUAUUGAAAGUAUUUCGCCUACAACUACAAAUGAUGAUAACAUUGCUAAUAGUAUGGCAGUAAAUAUGUCUAACAGUGACAGUGCAUUACAGAUUCAAAGUGAAGCUACCAGCCUGGAAUUACCAAAUUUACUAGCCGCUCAACCUCACUUGGGAAGUAUGGUGUCAUUGAGUGAAGUACAAAAACCACAUGAAAGAUUUCUAUUGCUGGGAGGUCUGACCGGGUUCUUGGAACUCAUGAAAUCGAACAAUAUUACACCAGAUAUAGAAACAUUUACCACAAUGUUGGAGGUAAUCCCACCCACAAAUACAGCGGAGAAACAACUUUUAACGUACAUACGCAAAAUAGGCCUCAAAGCGGAUAUCGACUUUUUCAAUAUCCUAAUUAAGAAAAGAGCCAUGCGUUUUAAUUACGAAGGUGGUAAAGAAGUUUUAUCCAUGAUACGCACAGCUGGUCUCUACCCAGAUAUAGUAACAUAUGGCGUUUUAGCUUUGGGUUGUACAACAGUUGAAAGUUCUAGAGAAUUAUUGGAGCAAAUGCGUCACAGUGGUAUACGAAUGAAUAUUCAGAUUUUGGGUGCUAUGCUACGACAAGGCUGUGCUCAAAAAGCUUUUCCAUACAUUUGCGAAAUUAUGCAAAUUAGUUUGGAUGAAAACGUCAAGCCCAACGAAAUAUUCAUCAGACAUUUACACAAUUUUCAUCUACAAUGUGCCCGAGCAAUAGAUGCCAGACACCCGACAACUAAAACCAAAGUUUUCAAAAAGGAACACAAGCAAUUUUGUGAUAAAUAUAGACUGUAUCUGGAAGAACACUCCAUAGACGGUCUGAAAUUAGAAGAUGCUAUUAAAAAAAUUAAAGAGCGUCCAUAUGACCAUUAUAAGGAGGACGAUGUAGAAGGCAUGGAACCCCUGAAAAACGAAAAACUAGCCAAGAAAAAUAAACUACGUAAAUAUAUAAAGAAAAUAAAGAUCGAAAAUCUUAAUGGUGACGAGGUGUCACAGCCAGAUACAAAACUGCUUGAUAACUACGAGGAGAAAGCUAAUAACAAAGUUGAUUAUUCACAAAAAAUCAUCAACAAAAAAGACGUUAAAUAUCAACCUACGAAAAAAACAAAUCUAAAUAAUCCUUUUAAAGGUGAUGAGCUGUCACAGCCGGAUACAAAACUGCUUGAUAACUACGAGGAGAAAGUUGAUAAUGAAGUUGAGUCUUCUCCGAAAGUCAUCAACAAAAAAGACGUUGAAAAUCAGCCUACGAAAAAAACAAAUCUAAAUAAUCCUUUUAGGAUAGCUUAAUUGUAAAGUGAGUUUAAUUUUUAUUUCAUUUAAAUGUUGUUUAUUUCUUAAGUAAAAUUAAAGAAAACCAAACUUGAAAAUUUAA